AUGUCCACCCUGCGCGGGGCCCCCGCGGGUGUCUUUGAACUCAAGCGCAGCAGCUCCGGUCAAGGCCUACAGGUGGACAAAGAACGAUACACGUCUGAAGAAGAUGAUCGGAGGACGUCCGCUGGAGACCUGCCACAAGGAGAGAGCGAAUACGAGGAAGAAGAGGAGGUGGACGAGACAGUGCGGGAAGACAUGAGCAAACUGGAAGACACCUUUCCGGGUAUUUCAGAACGAUUCCGACUAAUCAAUCGGAUCGGAGAAGGGACUUUCUCUACCGUGUACAAGGCCGAGGACCUACUUUACAACCACUACCACAACGACUGGGACAUUUUCGGCCAGGCGCAAGAACGAGAACAAGAACAAGAAGAAUGGGAUAACCCUCCAUCCAAGCGGCGCAGAGUGGACGGGGCUUCUGGAGGACGCAAGAAAGCGCGCUUCGUGGCGCUGAAGAAGAUCUAUGUCACAAGCAGCCCAAUCCGGAUCCAGAACGAAUUGGAGCUUCUCCAUGAUCUUCGAGGAUGCAAAUCCGUAUGUCCGUUGAUUACAGCCUUCCGUUACCAGGAUCAGGUUGUAGCAGUUCUGCCCUACUUCCCGCAUACCGACUUUCGCAUUCAAUAUCGCACCUUCAUGGUAGCGGACAUGCGCCACUAUCUGAGGUCCCUCAUAACGGCAUUAAAGUCGGUCCAUGAACAUGAAAUUCUGCAUCGAGACAUCAAGCCAACAAAUUUCCUCUACAAUCCUGACUUGAAAGAAGGUGUUCUUGUUGACUUUGGUCUGGCAGAGCGCCAGGGUUCCGAGUACAGCAGCCCAUGCCUCUGCUCCCAUCAGAACUACGUUCGCCGCAGCCGGAUAUUGUCUAGCUACUUUUCCAAAAACCCGCCAGCCAACGGCCUCUCCGGUGGUUACCCCAAGGCUGAUUCUCGACCCUCAAGGCGGGCUAACCGGGCCGGAACACGAGGAUUCCGAGCACCAGAGGUUCUAUUCAAAUGCACAUCACAGACCACCAAGAUUGACAUGUGGUCCGUCGGCGUGAUUCUUCUCACUUUGCUUGGACGGCGUUUUCCCUUCUUCAACUCGGCAGAUGAUAUCGAUGCUAUGAUCGAAAUGUCAAGCAUCUUUGGCACUCGGAGGAUGAAGACGGCUGCCGCGAUGCAUGGCCAGAUCUUUGAGACCAACCUGCCUACCAUAGGAGAAAAGGGAUACAGCUGGGAAAAGCUGGUCAAAUGGUCCAGCUGUGUUGAAGACUUGACAGAAAGCGAGUCUCAAGCGACGCGUCUGCUGGCAGGAUUGAUGGAACUUGACCCAUCCAAGCGCUUGAGUGCCGAUGAGGCUCUGAAUCAUGAAUUCUUUACGGACCCCGUCCUCCAUGAUGUGGAAUGGGGUGGUAAUCCGGAGGAGGGAAGUGUUGAUUCAGAGGAAGAGGACGAGGCAGGGGAAGACGAGGCCGAUGAGGUCGCCAUGCUAUGA